ACACUCUGUCACCCUCCCCUUCUGCCGCCCUUGAUUUUGGCUUCUGGAUCCGUUAUUUUUCUGCAUUCGUUUGUGUGCGUCAGCAUCUUGAGCCUCGAUGGCUGUGCGUGCAGCGCUGGUGGCCUGAGUUAAUUCCGACCGUCUUACCAUCUACACCGUCCGUACGUAUAUGCGUCGACUGCGCAGUACGCAGAGAUACACAGCCAUUAUGGCUCUACUUAACAGGCAAAUUUCCGUCGUGAUUAUUGUCUCGAUACUACCAAUCCUCUUCUACUGGCUUUACACAAGCACGACCAUGCAUCCACUCAUCGUUGGCGCCUUCUCCACCUGGCUCUCAGCGACUGCAACACAGGCAUAUUGCCCGCCGCCAGGACCACUUCUUCCACCGCCGAGAAUACUCUCCAACUCAACAAAGUUUGCUGUUUCGGAUACAGCAUUUGCAAAUGUGCCCUGGGCUGCUGACACGUCUUUCGCAAUCAAAGCAUCCAUUGACGAUGUAACGGUUUUCGAAUACGAGCACUCUGCACCAGGUCGAGAUGUCGGUCAAUCGCUUUUAGAGACCAGUUUGCGUAUUGGGAGUGUCACCAAGACAUUCACCAUGCUAGCAAUCCUGCUUAGCGCAGACAAGAUCAAGCUGUCAGAUUCGAUCACUAAGUUCAUCCCGGAACUACAAGAGCAUGCAUACAAAGAUAUCACAAUCGCUGCACUGGCAAGCCAUACUAGCGGUCUCGGUCGCUAUAUCUACGUUGGAGAUCUUGCAAUAGUGCCAGACUUCAACCCUGCAAUGCUCGGUCUGCCAGGCAUCAACGCUACCGGCAGCAAAGUGUCGACUUGCGACCCCUUCCCUGGUGCCCGCAUCUGCACACGCGAGGAGGUAGUUGCAGGACUCAACAAUCCCGCCUAUUACCCUCGAUCGACAAACUCCGGACCUCUCUAUUCCAAUAUAGGCUUUACGCUCCUCGGCAUGGCCCUUGAGGCAGUCCACAAGAAGACCUCCGAGCAAAUCAUACACGACCUCAUCACCUUCCCUCUCAGCCUAAGCAAGACAUCUUUCUCAACUCCCAAAAAUGUCAGCACAGCUCUCCUCCCUCGCUCCAAAGCAGACGGCCGCUGGUUCGUCCCCUCCUUCGGCAACUACAACCCAUCCGGCGGUCUCUGGUCAACACCCAACGACCAGCUCAAGUUCCUGCAGUCAAUCUUAUCCCACAAACUACUCAGUAAACCCGCAACCCAGCGGUGGCUGCAACCUCGCGCUCUGCUGCCGUCGCUGCAUCAAGCUGUUGGCGAGUCGUGGGAGAUUCUCAGGCCCACGGAUCUUGAUGUCAAAACUUCGAGGGCGAUCGAUAUCUUUACGAAGACGGGCGGUGUGACGGGGUAUGCGGCGUAUGCUGCGAUUGUGCCCGAGUACGAUAUCGCGCUCACGAUCAAUGCCGCUGGCGGGCAGGCACAAGAUGCUGUGUCGACGCUGUUUCCACAGCUAGUGAGGCCGUUGGUGGCAUACGCGGACAAGCUUGCGCAGCAACAGGCGAGGGCCGAGUAUGCGGGCACUUACACGGCACUAGGCGUCGCAAACAGUAUGACGCUGGCAGUAGAUGAUGGACCUGGGCUCGCUAUUGAGGACUUGACCAUGAACGGGGUACCAGUAUUGCAGUCGCUUGCUGCGCUGCAGAAGAUUCCCUACGAGAGUCUUAGCGCAAGACUGUAUCUCACGGAUCCAAGCUCGCUGGGUAUGGAGGAGGAGGCCUGGAGGAUCUCGAUUGACAGGAAAGACCAAGAAAAGAAGUUUGCUGAUCUGGAGUGCGCCAGUUGGAACUGGGGCGAUGCGUUUCGAUACGUGACGGAGCCACUCGACACUGUCAUUUUCACGAAAGAUGCAGGGGAAACCGUGGGUGUAGAGCUUCUGGGUUGGCGUUUGAAGCUGCACAGGACAUGAGGAAAGUAGGUGUGCAAAGUUUCUGACUAGUAUACUUCUCUAUCAAUACGGCUAUGUAUAUGACCCUAUGCUGCUCAUGAUGAAUAUUGAUAACU